GCCGAAGAGAAAUGUCGAUCCGGUUUUUUCUGUUUUGAGCCGAGGUUCCUGAUUCCCGUGUAGGUAGGGAAAUAUCAGCCAAACACAUACCCACAACCCUGUGUUGUCGUAGUAACGGGCCGACCACUCGCACUGUACCUUCCCCGUCGGUUUGGGAAGGUUCUAGACAGUCCGUACCGAUUUUCUAUAUUUUUUUACUGAUUUUUUCUGUUUCUUUUUUUCAAUGUGCCUCAUAUUGUUCAAAUUCACAGAUAUUCGCCGAAUGCAUGAAUAUUUUUAAAAUUCAUACAUGUUUUUUGAAAUUGUGAAUAUAUUUUUAAAUGCUGGGAGAAUUUUUUUAAUUGUGAACUUUCUUGCAUUCAUGAACAUUAAAAAAGAUCAAAUUCGUGAACAUUUUUCAAAAUCACAAACAUUUUCUGAAAUAGCAAACAUAUUUUGAAUUUGUUAAUAUUUUUUAGAUUCGCGAACAUUUAUGGAAUUUGCAAACAUUUUCCAAAUUCACGAACAAUUUUGAAAUCAUGAACAUUUUUUGUAUUCACGAUCAUUUUUUUAAAUCUCGUUUUUUAAAAUCAUCAAUAUUUUUUGAAAUCUAGAACACUUAAAAAAUUAAGGAACAUUUUCCCAAAUUCGUGAACAAAUUUUGAAAUCUGGGAGCAUUUUUAAAUUCGUGAACAAUUUUUGAAAUCUGGGAACAUUUUGAAAAUUCGUGAAGAAUUUUUGAAAUUCAGGAAUAUUUUUCAAGAUCAAGAAUAUUUAAGAUUUUCGCAAAUUUUGAAAUUCGAAACUUUUUUUAAUCCCCAGCCAUUUUCAAAGGAGCAAAAGAAACAGAAAAGUAAAGGCAAAAGAAAAAACCGAAGAAAAAAAAAACAGUGGCGCCUCCCUUCCUUCCCCUCCUCCACGCCCCAAACCAAACCGUCCACAGUUACUUCCCGCCACCGCCACCUCCUCCCUCCGCUCUUCAUCUUCCUCUUCCUCCUGGCCGGCAAGCAACCAACUCCCCCCUCCCCGAGGUUUGCACCACGCACAAGCCACAGCGCAGCCUCGCUUGCACACCACCAACCAAACCAAACCAAACUGGCGAUCGAUCGCCGCAGAAUCGCUUUCAUCUCCCCGCAAAGCCAUCCUUUAACUCCCGCCCGUGCCACACGACCUCUCGCAUUACCUUCCUUUAAAACCAUGCAAUCCUCCCAGCCGCUCCAUGCACUCCGACGACUUCCCAAGAACCCGCCAGCACUCCACCUAGCGGGACGAUCAAACCACCGGCCGUGUACGCGACGAUGAUGCCCGUGUACGGCGGCGAGGUGCGGCAGCGGACGUGCCGCAUGUACUGGUGCUACCAGUGCGCGCGGGCGCUCCGCAUCAUCUCCUACCCGGCCACCGACGUCUUCUGCCCGCGCUGCUACGGCCGCUUCCUCCACGAGAUCGACCCGCCGCCGCGCCCGGCCCUCCCCCCGCCGGGCUACUUCCCGCACCACUUCGCGCCGCACCCGCACGCGUACUACCACGACGGGAACCCGCGCCGGUGGGUCGUGUACGGCGCCGCGCCCACGGUGCCCGGACGCCCGUUCCGCCAGCUGCCCCCGCCGGUGCGGGAGCCGGCGCCGGGGCCGACGCGGGUCCAUGCGCCGGCCCCGACGCCCCCGCCUCGCCGGCGCAUGCCCUCCCCGCCGCCGGCGCCGGUGGCGCGGCGGCCGUCCACGCCCCCGGCCAUCGACCCGGGGGACUACUUCACGGGGGGCGACCUCAACCGCCUCGUGGAGGAGCUGACCCAGAACGACCGCCCCGGCCCCGCGCCGGCGCCCUCGUCGGCCAUCGACUCGCUCCCGACGGUGCGGAUCGCCGCGCAGCACCUGUCGGACGACGGCGGGUCGCAGUGCCCCGUGUGCAAGGAGGAGUUCGAGCUCGGGGAGGCCGCGCGGCAGCUGCCGUGCAAGCACGUGUACCACUCCGACUGCAUCGUGCCCUGGCUCCGCCUCCACAACUCCUGCCCCGUCUGCCGCUUCAAGCUGCCCGGCACCGGCGCCGCCUCCAGCACACGCCGCGCCAGCGGCAGCAACGGUGCAAGGAACAGAGACAGGGAGAGGGAGAGGGAGCCGGCGACGACGGUGAGGUGGGGGCCCCUGUCGUGGAUGGUGCCGGCGCGCGGGACGGAGGAGCCGGACGACGGGUGGGAGUACGGCCGGCGCGCGCACGGGCGCGGGCACGGCAGGCCCGAGGAUGGCGACGCCGGCGCUUUCUACGCGUGGUGGCGCUCUCUGUUUCUCCUCUAGCCGUUUCCAGCCGGGAUGCCAGUCACUACGCCAAAGACAACCUGAACCUGUUUGCUCAGUAAAGCAUGACAACCGCUGUAAAUAUUUCAACGGCAAUGGUGGAUGUACUGGAGAAGCAGGGCACACUGGAAAUAAAAUAGGAGAAUGUAAUAGUGCAAAAAACGGCCAAAAUGUAAUUGCGCCACUCACAAUGUAAACGAUACAAAGAGUUGUGAUUUUCAUUUUUAGCUCAGUUGAGCGGAUUUAUCUAGCGGCUGAAGCAAUCUCAAAGCUCACUGUCUCCUAUAUCAAUGUAACCGACUAUAUGGUAUGAUUUGAUUUUACACCGAGGGGCAUACAAAAAUUGACUGAA